AUGGAAAGCAGCGACACACCCAACCAAGCAGUGUCAAAUGCAAUUGCCAAAGAAGCCUGUAUUAAAAGUACGGCGAUGUACAUUCCAUUUCGAGUCCAAGCAAAAGGGCCGCCGGUGGCAAUCUUGGAAACACUCUGGAAGUUGGGGCCUGUUCCAACACGCUCCAACUCGCGUCGACAGGCACUGGCCAAAGAGAGACCCAUACCAACACCCACCGCAAGAAAAAGAAUACGAAUCGUAAGCGAUUGGAUUGGCGUUGGAACGAAACGACAGCGCCUCUUGCUCAAUUUCCAAAGAAGGAACGCCAGCAGGAUUGAAAGAAGCAGCGCCAAUGGUGGAAACAUGGGGAUAUCACCACCAAUCAAUCCAACCCUCAAUCGAUGUGGUGCAUCCUCAGCAUAG